UCGUUGACGCAGUCGCCCUGAUCGUCUUCAUGCUUGCCGCUCUCGGUCACCGCGUCCAUCCGAGAUCCUGUGCUAGACAAACGUUGUCCUGGUAAGCCAGUGAAUGUGGCGCUUGGGCGACGCGGUGCUUACAGGCUCCAUACCUACGUAUAUCGACGUCAAGCGUGGAGAUAUUGUAUGAAUGCCUGCCGAGUUCGACGUUUAUAGGUCUUCUUUCCCAGCUGCUGGCUCAGUUUCGUUUUCCUCCAGAUACACUAUCUUCCAAUAAACAAUCUUAACUAAUCUACCCAAAAUGAUCUCCCACUUGUUGCUCGGUGUUCUGCCCAGUGUCGCGUUCGGCGCACAGCUGGCUUAUUCACCUCCUCAGGCUUUGAUGGCCUUUGCACAGGCAGCCGACGAUUGUAUUUUUCCAGCCAACUUCGAGGUUCGAGACUUUGGCGGCAUAUCGAAUAGCACGAAUGGCACCACACUUGGGUCCCUCGACUUCUCCUUCACCAGCACGGAGACCGAGGUGACAACGCUAUGCCACUACAACUCUACCUCGGAGCCAUCGGUGCCCCCUGGCAGGACCCCCAGGUACAAAUGCGAGGACGACGAUGUUGAGUUCAUCUGGGAGAACGACAAGACGCGUUUGACGGUGAUCGAGAGGGUCUGCCCUGGAUCUGACGGCGUACCCGACUAUGAGGCUGCAGGGAGCGUCCGUAUUCCCUUGACCUGUAAGCCCAUGGGAGAGUGUGCUACAAAUGCAACGGUGAACAAUGGCAAGUUCACCAAUAUCUCUCCUGCGGCUACAUUCAGUGUGUAAGGGAGGGCGAUCGCGCAUGAGAAGGGAUAGAGGUUCACACUAGGAAGUAUCUUGGAUGCAUAAAG